GGAAAGGAUUGUGUUUCGCAUGUAGAUAAAUAAUUCACCUUCCUGGUCCGAACGCCACCUUGUCAGGAGGAAAUUGAAGUAUACCGUCUGAAGCCGAAUACAUAGAUUGUGAGUGGAUCAUCUGGCAGUCUCCCUAUGGCCGCCCGAAACGGGUCUGCAAGUGAUGCAGACUGCCGUAUCUCUGAGGACUGCCAUGUCCCAGAUGUGGAGCUGAUGGAGCUGGGGCCACUGCUGGAGGAAGGAGGGGGGCGCCAUGCAGCAUCUAAAGGCGCCCACCAAGAGGGAGCCGCGAUGCUUGCUGAUGAGGAAGAGGAGGAGGAUGAUGAGGUGGAAGAGGUCAUGACUUUACCUCUCCAGGCUCACCACGCCAUGGAGAAGAUGGAAGAGUUUGUACACAAGGUCUGGGAGGGGCGCUGGAGAGUCAUCCCUUUCCAUGUCCUGCCAGAGUGGCUGAAGGACAACGAUUACCUCUUGCAUGGACACCGACCCCCAAUGCCCUCCUUCCGAGCCUGUUUUGGAAGUAUCUUCAGAAUUCACACUGAGACAGGAAACAUCUGGACUCACCUGUUAGGGCUGAUCUUAUUCAUUUGUCUGGGCACGUUAACCAUGCUGCGGCCCAACAUGUAUUUUAUGGCCCCGCUGCAAGAGAAAGUGGUGUUUGGGAUGUUCUUCUUGGGAGCUGUGCUCUGCCUCAGCUUCUCCUGGCUGUUUCAUACCGUCUACUGCCACUCUGAGAAAGUGUCUCGCACCUUCUCCAAGCUUGACUACUCGGGCAUCGCUCUCCUGAUCAUGGGCUCCUUCGUGCCCUGGCUGUACUACUCGUUCUACUGUUCCCCUCAGCCUCGCCUUAUCUACCUCACCAUUGUAUGUGUCCUCGGCAUUGCUGCCAUCGUAGUUGCCCAGUGGGACCGCUUCUCUACACCUCGUCACAGACCUACAAGAGCAGGUGUGUUCAUGGGUCUGGGACUAAGCGGCAUUGUACCCACCAUGCACUUCACUAUCGAGGAGGGCUUUGUUAAGGCCACCACAGUCGGCCAGAUGGGUUGGUUCUACUUGAUGGGUGCCAUGUACAUCACCGGUGCUGGUCUGUAUGCAGCUAGGAUCCCUGAGCGCUACUUCCCUGGCAAGUGUGACAUUUGGUUUCACUCUCAUCAGAUUUUUCAUGUUCUGGUCGUGGCAGCUGCAUUCGUUCAUUUCUAUGGAGUUUCAAACCUGCAGGAGUUUCGCUACGGACUUGAGGGAGGAUGCACAGAUGACUCUCUACUCUGAGAGCCCUGGCUGUGACUUACUCAUACUUUUCUUUAUAGCCCCACAAACAAUACACAAACACGCACACACUUAAAAUGCUGCUGGAAUUGAGUAUAGUCACUUGUUGCUCCUUGUACUUCUGAUUUGCUAACAUCCUGUUUGGGUUAUUAGUUGUCUUUCUGGUUUGGCUCCUUUCUGCUCCAAUAAAGUAGCAUUAACUGGCCAAUUAGAUAUAGUGGAACCCCCCACAGACACUACUUCUUCAAUAAUUAUAAAAUUUAAAGUCUGCAUUUUCAAUGAGGACUUUAACCAAAAACACAUUACUGUAACUUUUUGGUCAAUUCUUAGAAACUCUCUAGUAGCCCAACUUCUCCAUAGUCUGUUACCAUUGUGCAAGGGGUAUAAGAGAGUAUUACUUUUGCUGUAGCAUAGAGCACCAACUAUAAACUAUUCCCUUUUUGUCCCUUUUAGUUUACGUGCAGGUUAGAGCCAGGCAGGUGUAUAUUGUAGAGCAGGACCAUUUAGGUGCUUCAGGGCUUACACACACACACACUUGUUUUAGGAGGAUGCAAGUAUGCAUACAUAGUGUGUAUGGAUGUCACCAGAUAUUCUGUGCUGACUUUAACUGUACAGCUUUCCAUUAAAACCUGUGGGACCACCACGAACCCACCGAUUGCCCACUCUACAAUAAAACAAAAUGUACCCGAAAAACCCAGUUACUACUCUAAAAUCUCAUUGAAACAAAAUAAAAAACAUUAUUAUGAAAGUAGUAUAUAAAGAUUAAAUCCCAUAUAUGAAGAGUAUGACUUACACAUGGGUUUAAGUUAGGCUGAUUUGGACCAAAAUUAUUCAUUGGCUGAUUAGUUUCCUUGACCUUUAUACUGAAAUGCAUAAAAAGAUGUUUUGCAUUUGUUGUGUUAUUUUAAUUGACAAAAGUCCCCAACAAAUAAAAAAUGCGAAGGAAUUAAAACAUGACAAACUGUAAUUUUUAUCAAAAACUUGUUUCUGGAGUAAAAGUUCAUGGGCUGCGCAAAAUGUAUGGAUCUGGAUCGGUCUUCUUUUAUUUGUUUUCUGUCUUUUUUUGUUCAUGGUUAGGUAUUUUUCUUCUAGAUUUCAGAUGCAAUGAGAGGUGUAAAUAUCAAAUGCACCUGGGUGUAUACCAUGAAAUUCGAAACUUUGAAUCACUAUAUGGGGUUUAAAAUGUGUUAUGUAUGAUUGAUAUAAACUUUUAGUAUUCCUGUGCCUUAGGCCAAGGGAAAUGUUUUUAAAUGAAAUGGCCUAUCUUAACUGUCAAGGGAGCUUCAAGGAUUUCCAUAUGUUGACUUUUCAUGUUUUCCUUGCCAUAAAUAUACAAUCAAAUCAUCGAACGUACAACUCCAUUGAUAGGUUGUAUCAACUGCUGUUUAAGACUCCUUUUUCUAGAUCAACUUACUCAAGCUUUAUUACAAAGACUAAAACAACGUGUAUUCUUGACUUUGUGUUUUGUCCUGUGUAGAAAGUGAUAAAUCAUACAUUUCACUGAAAUGUAAACAUAAAUAUUUAUUAAUGGUAAUCUUGGAAAAUUAUUGUAAUAAAUUUUUUUCCACAUGUACAAA